GUUUUUUCUGAUCCAUGUACUGGGUUUUUCCUCCAAGACAAAAGUAUUAAUCACACGACGACCUGUUAUCAUGGCUCUAUCCAAUCCAACUUCCCAAGCUGAGUGUACAGCGGAAGAGGCUUAUACAUGGACCAAGGGUAGGGCAAUUUUUGCUAGCGGAAGUCCAUUCGAUCCGGUUGAAUAUGAGGGGAAGAUGUUAAUUCCAGGACAGGCUAACAAUGCAUACAUAUUCCCUGGAUUGGGGUUAGGUCUGAUUAUGUCGGGCACCAUUAGAGUUCAUGAUGACAUGCUUUUGGCAGCCUAUUCACAAUUUGGAUGUGUGCUGGAGAUCUGCGGUGCUGCUCCAAUUUUCCGGAUUCCGUUUUUAGAUCCGCGGUCUUUCUUCGAUUUUUGCAGAUUCAGAAUUGCAAUCUGGGUCUAAUUUCCAGUGACAUGGCCGAAUAUUUCUUUUUCUUUCUAUUUUGGUUUCUUUUUCUUUCUAUUUUGGUUUCGAUAUUUGCAGAUUAGGAAUGCCACUAAUGUGUUUUGUAGUAUGAGGGAAUAUGGGGUUCUUUUACAAUGAUAUUAUCAAUAUUAUCAAUAUUACAUCAUUAAUAAUGACAUUGUUGAUAAAUCUUAAUACUGUGGCAUUUUUUAUAUUAUUGACACUAUUUUCAAUAUACGAAUACAAUUUACAAUGUGAA